CCUUUCUUCAACAGGGGCUCGGUACAUCUCUCUCUCUCUCCCUCCUUUGAUCAGUGGGUGAGAGGGGGGAGACGAGCAACACACAGCGGAGAGUCCAGCGUGCGCCUCCGUCAUCAUCUUGUUGGCUCAUCCUUUCAUCACACCACCGGUCCUGGAUCCUCCAGCCCAGGUCCUGGAGAAUCCUGAGUCUGCAGCAGCGCACCAUCUGCUUUAUUUCCAGUCUAUAUCUGAAUGACGGGCGGAAGGUUUGACUUCGACGAUGGUGGCACAUACUGCGGGGGGUGGGAGGAUGGCAAAGCCCACGGACAUGGGAUCUGCACCGGACCCAAGGGCCAAGGCGAGUACGCCGGGUCCUGGUCGCACGGCUUUGAAAUAGUUGGCGUGUACACCUGGCCCAGCGGGAAUACCUACAAGGGUUACUGGUCCCAGGGGAAGCGCCAUGGGCUGGGUGUGGAGAAUAAAGGAAAGUGGAUCUAUCGAGGAGAGUGGAGUCAUGGUUUUAAGGGUCGGUACGGCGUUCGGCAAAGCCACAACACACCUGCUAGAUACGACGGGACCUGGAGCAACGGUCUACAGGAUGGAUAUGGGAUCGAAACCUAUGGAGAUGGCGGAACUUAUCAAGGCCAAUGGAUGGGUGGUAUGCGACACGGCUAUGGUGUGCGUCAGAGUGUUCCCUAUGGCAUGGCCACUGUCAUCCGUUCUCCACUCCGUACGUCUAUGGCCUCCCUGCGCUCUGAGCAGAGCAAUGGUGCAGUGCUCCAGGACCUCUCCUCCCCAGCAGACACUCCAACGGGCAGCCGCGGUGGCUUCGUCCUCAACUUCCACUCGGACAGCGAAGUUGUCACCGGCAAGAAGAAGGGCCUGUUCCGCCGCGGCUCGCUCUUUGGCAGCCUGCGACAGUUGCGCAAGUCUGACUCUCGGACCUCAAUCUCCAGCAAGCGCAGCUCUGCAAGAAGUGACGCCACCAUGAGCCGCAUCAGUUCAAGCGAUGCCAACUCUACCAUAUCCAUCGGUGAUGGCGAGCUGCCAGAUGAGGACCUACCUCAGGAGGACCAUGUGGACGCCACCACAACUGAGACGUACAUGGGCGAGUGGAAGAAUGACAAGCGCAAUGGAUUUGGUGUAUCAGAGAGAUCCAACGGGAUGAAAUAUGAAGGAGAAUGGCUUAACAAUAAGCGCCAUGGUUACGGGUGCACGGUUUUCCCAGACGGCACCAAAGAAGAAGGGAAGUACAAAAAUAAUGUGCUGGUGCGUGGAAUAAGAAAGCAGUUGAUUCCUCUUAAGAACCCCAAAACCAAAGAGAAGGUAGAUCGGGCUGUGGAGGGGGCACAGAGGGCUGCAGCCAUUGCGAGGAGUAAAGUGGAAAUAGCAGCAUCCAGAACAGCCCAUGCUAGGACAAAAAGUGAGGCUGCAGACCAGGCUGCGAUCUCUGCGGUGCAUGAAUCUGAAAUUGCCAGGGCGGUUGCCCGGGAGCUCUCACCCAACUUCUACCAGCCAGGUCCCGACUAUGUAAAACAGCAGUUAAAGGAGCCAGUGGAGAUUAAAGAGGUCCCUGUUGAAAAGAAGAACAGCUCUCCGAGAGAUUCUCCCCACUUUUACCGGAAAGGCACAACGCCUCCCCACUCUCCUGCGACCAGCCCUGCAACCACACCGCCCCCCUCACCUCAAUCCAGCAAGAAGAAAGGACAGCUCACCAACAACAGCACCAGCCGCAAAACCAGCAAAGAAGAAAAACCUUCCCGCAAGAUUAGCAAAGAAGAGAAACUAAGUCAGAAGACCAGCAAGGAUGAGCGGUCUAGUAGGAAGCUGAGUAAAGAAGAACGGCAGCCUGUCACCGAUGGGCCCAAAGCUUCUCAGGCCCAAAUCGAAGCUCCACCUAAACCCACUAAAGUUCAGCAACCCACCCCAGCAUCUGUGCCCCCUUCACAGCCUCCUGCAAUUCCAGUCAAUGGCCAGCUCCACACUGAAUAUCACAGUUACUACGUCAAGGCCCCUACAAGGGUCCCUCCACCCCCAGAACCUGAGGAUCCAGAAGAAGAGCCUAGUGCCCUGGCUUUGGCACGUAUGCCCCCACAACCCCCUAGAUCUUUUAGUACACCUACUCCUAAGGCAGCAUCUAUACGGGAGAGCAAGAGCGACCAGAAACUCAGGAAGCAGGAUUCUCUAAAGCCAAAGAGCCUCGCAGACACAAAGAAAGCAAGCAUGGAAAUUGCAGAAAGCACGGAAGAAACAGGUCCUAACUCAAUCCUUGUUGCUAUGGUAAUGCUGUUGAAUAUUGGCCUCGCAAUUAUAUUUGUCCAUUUUCUGACAUGAUGAUGCUGUGUCUCAGCGGAACCAUGGCAACUGGUACAGUUGCAUCGUCGGCCUUGAAACAUGAAAACGCCGCCAGUGAAACACGGGGAUGGCCAAAGGAAUCAGCAUGAAACCGAAGAGAAUCGAGAGGAAGGCAACGAUAACACCAACCUGACACUGGCCUUGUUAAGGGCCAGCCCCGUGAAUUAGCACUCCUUUGGCUUCUCUAAAAGCUAAAGUGAAAUGUUGUGUCUAGUGCGAUAAAGAAAAUGUUUAAAAAUUGCAACCAAACAUACGCAAUCUAAAAAAAAAUAUACAUAAAAUGAAAAAAAAAAAAGAAGACGUAAUUGAAACCCACACAUGUGCUGAUCCAAGCACAGGUCUCUGUAGCCCACUUCCACUGCCUUGGCAGCGAUAGCAGUGGGCUGACGGACUGUGCUGGAAGAGUGUGGAGAUGCACUUUUAGAUGACGGGAGCAAACAGCUGCCUUUCUAUUUUGCCAUCUGACGUUUUGAUGGGGAGAUGUGAGCCCGGCUCGAGGGUUGGGGGAAGGGGUUGAAGAGGGGGGACGGUCGCAGCAGGAGUGCGCUUUGGGUGUUUGGAGAGUUUUCUGGGGUUCUAGCCACUCUUGCAAGAGGAAAGUGGGCAUGGCCGCUGCCAGCAGUCAGUGCUAGCACGGUCACUAGCCAGUCUUACUCUGUUAACCCAAACAUCACUGCACCUUUCUCAAGCUCCGUCCUUUGUGAUCCAGGAUACACUGCUUUGAAACACUCCCCGUGCAUGGUACAGUUUUGAACACUUUGUUUUUCUUUCUUUUUUGUUCUAACGUAGUUUUUUGUUCAUAGAUGUUCUAUCAAUGUUGGUUACCUGCCGUCAUUUGCUUGUAGAAAUCUGUUCUCUUCUCAGAACUAAUAAAUACAUUUUGCUUUCCCUUUGUUCAUUUCCAACAAUUGAGCUGUAAUUUGACGUUACACAACCACGUAACUGAAAGUGCAAUAUGUUUAUACUUUCAAAAGGUUCGAGUAUGGCCAUUAUGAACAUCCUUUUUUAUUUCCAUUUAUUUUGUGAGACUCGCAUCUUUUUAAUAGGCUGGUUUUGAGAGAAGUGGUAAUUGACAGCAGUCAUUAUGAUUAGGAAAGCAGUACUUUAGAAGCUCGCUCACUCUGAGGGUAACAAAUGUCUUAUUUAUGAAAUCGGAAGGAAAAUUAUUUCAUUGUACACGCGUAGACCAUUUAGCUUGGAUUUCGUCACUAUUCUUUGCUUUCACUAUACCGAUAAGAUGCAAAAACGCAGCUCGCACAGCUGCUUGUGUAAGCCCAGAAAUGCUUGCUUGCUUGCUUGCUUAUGAGACUGGAUCGAGACAGUUUUGUGGACAGUUUAUUCAGGUCAAGGCCAUGGGGAAUGUGGCUGCAGGGAGAAGAGAGAUGCCUUCAAAAGUCUUUAACAGUACUACUGUUUACCUCAAAAAUGAUGAGGAAGCGGGGGGGGGGGAGGGAAAGAAAUGCCAUCCUUGUCUUAACUUUGUUGUAUGUGGGAAAUACUCUGACUGUCUGACUGUUGUCAUCACCUGAACCAUGCUUUUAACUUGCCUCAUCGUAGCUGCUUGUAGUCUUUGUUGCAGGUAUGGCAUGAGUUUCUUUGAUUUUCAAAGUGGUUAUUUAUAUACGGCGGACAUUUACUGUCACCUGUACCAAGAUUAAUUAUUUAUUCAUUGUAUAGCUGAUGUGUUUGUGAACACUGGUCAUCACAGAAAGGGCUUUAAAAUGUCUAGAUUUUCUUUAAUGCGGUCCUUUUUUUUCUUGGUAGGUCAACUUUACUAUAAUGUCUCUUAUGAAACUAGUUGAGCGCUCAUCCUCCACUAAGGCCAGCAGCCUGUUUCACAGUUUUAAAGGAAGUGAUCCAACCUGCACCAAAAAUUCAAUAAAUUCUUCCUUUGCCCAUAGUCCACCUCUCCACCACGUUUCAUGAAAAUUGGCCUCAGUAGUUAUUGCAUAACGUUGCUGGCAAACACACAAAUGGUAUCCAUCACAUCCUUCUGCCUUGGUGGAGGAAUGAGUAGCACGUUACUUUUCGAGAACGCUUCAACCAGUUUGAUGUUUGCAAACCGUCCACAGAACUACUGAAAAACUAACUACUGACAUUUAUUUAAAGAAAACUAUGGUGUUGACAAAUAAAGGUUAAGGCUGGAGUUUCAGAGGGUUUACCUGAACAGUGUGUUUAUGGGAUAUUUUUUGAAUUGCAACAUUGCAUGUUAGAGACAUUUAUAUAGAUUAUUAUAUACUAUUUAUAAGGAUUUUUACAGAGCACAAUCCAGAAUCUGGUAUGAGUUGGUAUUUUUCUAACAAUUUGCACACCUAUUUUGACAAUGAAUAUAACUUGUUUGUAAUUGGUAAUGUAAUGCACAUAUGAUAAUGUUUGACAGUGGAAAAAAAAUUCUUUAUUUCUAAUUGGAUGUACUGUAUGUACCAUUGGGGAUGUGGAAAGCAGAUGUAUUUGUUUGAGUAUUUUAGGAAAUAACAAGAAACUGUGGGAGACUUUUGAUAUCGCAAGGUUCAUAUUACCCCACUGAUUUGUGCAAAGUCUUUGGAGAUGAAGUUAUGUGUAUAACAAUAAAGAUGUUAUGCCUUGUUAAACAACA